AGAUGCAUCGUUUAAUUACUGGGUAUUUGUAUUCUUUGUAAAUUACUGUACCCCCUACCUAGGUUGUUGUAUGCUUCACGUAAAUAGAAGGCUGUAGAUAAUUGUUUUAUAAAUAGGUUUCAUUUUUGUCCACUCAUUAGCAUCCUACGAAUAGAAGGUUGCUGCUACUGUCAUGUAAUUAGUUGAUGAGCUACUGUUUGGAUUUCAGUCUGUGCAAGAACACCCUUCCCCCUUUCAAUAUUUGCUCAACUCUUAGAUGCGCAGAUAUUUGGCUUCAUCUCACCAUGGCAACAGCUUCCCCCCUUUGCUCACGGUGUGGUGUGGUGCGCACGAUCAGUGACCACCCAGCAUAUGGUUAUCCACAAUGAGAAACACUUACCAAAGUGUGCGUUACUAUUUACACUGUGCAAGAACCUUCUCAGUUGGGCUACUGUGUGGACACGGGUUUAGCUGUCAUGCUCGAGUGCCAUUUGGUGAUCAAGACUUCUCUCCUAAACUACAAGGGUGCUACGGGAUUAUAAAAAGAGCAUUUUGGCUUUUCACGUUGACGAUCCAGCAUCGAUCUCUCACACUUUCUGCAGCUGUGUGCACAUCCAGGAAUCAAUAAUCCCCGACACUGAAAUAAAUAUUCAGCACGUUUAUAUUUUUUAAAAGUAUUUGAGUGAUUCACUGACAGGAUGCUAACAUUGGACGCAACAUUGAAUUGAUCGGGAGUUUAUUUAUAAACCAUUCUAAUACUAAGUGGUGGACAGCACAUGAAGUCUGGUGAUCAAGGAAAGCUCACAUACCGGUAGUAAUUUUCAUCUGCAUAGCAUCUCUGAUUUGUCAGUUAAUAUCUCUUGAUGAUCUGUCAGAUAUGGUUUUUUGUUGAAGGUAUCUUCAGAACUUCUUAAAAAACCAGUCAUUCAUGUGUCUGUAGAUAAAGAAGGUCUUCAAAACGUAGCAGCAUCUUCAAAUCUUUAUGAAGGUCACAGAAUUAAUUGGCCUGUUCAAGUAAUUGGAACACCAAGUGAUCAUUCCAUCAGGGGUUGAAUUUUAGAUGUUACCAUGUCAACAAUCAGUCCAAGGAGUCCUCGAGACAAGUACAUUGGAGCAGGUGAUUUGACUCACCGUGAAGUCCAGAAAGAUGUUAGCAAUAGGAAGGCAAGGACAAAGCUAAGGCUAAGCAUUAUUUUGGAUAAAAAUGAAUGUGAUUACAGGUAUAGGAACAAUGAAAUCUUCAAGCGUAUGAAAGUGACAACAUUUGUUCAGUUGGUUUUACAAGUAAACACUAUCAGGCAGAAUGAAAGGCAGCAGUCAAGGAUGAGAAGUUUUUCAGAAGCAGAAAGACCAGAAACGACCGAUCUAAACAUGAAUGGUGGUAGUGGGGAUGGCCAGAGUCCUGUCCCUUCGCUUGCCUUAACAGAAGGGGACUUUGGGGGACAACCAGAACAACCCUUAACAUCAAGAUCAACACUUCAAAGUGUGAUAGCAGGCGUAGGAGAGUUUGAUCUGUCAGGAGAGUACGUGGAUGAUCCAACACCUAGGUCAGAUGCAACAGAACAAGAACCAGACUGUCCUUAUCUUCUACUUGACUUGAGGGAUAAAGAUAUAUAUCAACAGUGCCACAUCAUAACAGCGGAAUGCUAUCCCACAGCAAUGUUAUCAAGAGCAGUCAACAACUUUACAAAGAACAUCUUAAACUUUCGAAACAAACCAGGAAAGAUCAUCGUAAUAUACGAUGAGGAUGAAAGGAUAUCGACCACAGCAGCAACCACGUUUGUAGAUAGAGGAUUUGACAAUGUAUUUUUACUAUCAGGAGGUUUGAAGGUAGCAGCACAGAAGUUCCCCAAAGGUCUGAUCACAGGGACCCUUCCACCCUCAUGCAGACCACCUCCACCCCAAACAUCCAGGUCUUCAAAGAAGGUUUUGAAAGUAAAGACCCCGCCCCAGAUACCAGCUGACAAAACCACCUUCAUGGCAGAUGAUCUGGAAAAUCUGAGUAAUCAACUGGAUGAAAGCCUCAUUCCAAAGGAUAGUGGAAGUCGAUUGAGCCGUGCCACACCUCAAGCUAACCCUGACCCUAACGCAAAGAUCCUGUCGUCAAGAUCAUCUUCUUCUAUGACUUCAAAUACAAAUCGUUCUUCACCAUGGAAAUAGCCAAACCAUGUCUCAUGACCACUAAUCUACCCAAUGAACAGCUACACCCUUACAUCUUAUAGGCAACUUCUGACAUUUUCUUUUACAGAAACUAGUAAACUCAGAUAUUUUGCUACAAAUUAAUUAUCAAUUCUGUUUAGACUGCCUAGAUGCUGCUAAUUUAUUUCAGUAGAUGAAUAUUUACAUACAUGUAUUUUUAUGAAAAAAUGGUAUUCUGUAUCUAUAAAAUCAUUCAUUAUAUUGUCUGCAUGGGGCAUAAAUGCAAUGAAGUAUUAUAAGAGCUUUGUAGAUCCCAGCAGAUGAUAUUUAAAUAGAUAAGCUACUUAUCCAAAUUCAACUAUGUAUGUACAGAUGCAGAAAAGUAUAGAGGUAUUACCAUAUUAUAUAUUUAUUGAUUCAUCCAUUAUCCGAUAUGACAGGUUAUUAAAACAUAUUUAACAUUGUAUUAAUGGUACAGUGAAAGUAAUUGUGAUUAAGUGAGUGAUAAUUUGCUUGCCGUACAUUUAUAUGGAAUAUGUCAGAGAUUUUCUCAAUAAUAUGCAAAGACCGUCUAUAUUAACACACUUUCAAAGCAUUUUGAGUAUGGGCCGUUCAGUCAGAGGGUGUUCCGUACAAUGUAUCUGGUACCAAUCGAUAUGAUGCCUAUUCAGCUUAUGGUUACUCAAAGAUAGAAAGACAAUGUUUUAAAAUGACCUACCGGUACAAAUGUUCAUUGUAUGUUAGCAUUAGUAGGUGUUUCAUACUGCUUGUCAACAAGAUAUCUAGGGGCCAGUGACACAAAGACAUAACUCCAUUUUGAGAAAAACUGGUUUAUGUGUCACUGAGCAUUUGGGCCUUAAGGAGUUAAGUCUAUGUUUCACUAGCCAUUGA